GUGAAAAGAAGUUAAUUAAUAAAGAGUGUUUGUUCUGAAUACAGAAUUCAAUUCUAAACAUUUUGGAUGAAAAAAAAUGCAAAGCAUUAUGGACGGUGACUCAGAAUCAAAAAUCGUAAGUACAUCACAGCAACAACAGCAGCCUUGUCAGAAUGAUAUCACAAUUUUACAACUUCAGUACUAUUUAUUGUGGUUGAUAGGAAUGGAGAUUAGAAUGUACGAUACCAAUGAAGCGAAUCUUCAAUUUUGGAGUAUGGCCAGUACGGAUUACUUAAUAAUGUGUUAUAACUUGGUGAAGGUUAUGAAUGCUGAUUUUGGGUAUUUUUUAUCCCUUCAAGUUAUUGCUGGAGAUGAAAAUUCUGAAGUAUUUAAAACAAGAUGCCGUAUGCUUUAUUCAUAUGAACUGAUGAUGGUAAUUAGUCGAUCCCUAAAACGUAUUCAUUCAACUUUUACAAAAUGUCUAGAAGAACAGAAUAAAUCUUGCUGGAAAUUUCGACUCAUUAUGACAUAUAUUAAGGAUUUGGAACAAAAAUUGGAAUCUACUGAUCAGUGCAUCAAAAAUGUUGAAAAUACAAUAAUAAUUACAACAACUAAUUAUCUCUAGAUUUAUAUUUUCAA